UUCCCUUCUCCUCUCUGCUCUCUCAAGUCUCAAGUCUCAAGUCCCAAGUGCAGUCCCAUUCUUUGUCUUUUCUCCCCCCUUUUCCCCCUUUCCACCCCUCACACUGCAUUCUUCUGUCAAAACCCUAGAUUUUCAAAUCUAGGGUUUUGUUUUCUUAACCUGUUAAGGACAUGAUUCCCCAACUGAACUGCCUCCUCCCUAUUUUCACUUUUCUCUCUUCAAUCUCAGCCUCUGCUUUUUCUACAUUUUCCCUCACUCACCUAUGUCAAUGCUGAUUCUCUUCCUCCCUUAAAACCACCUCCUUUCGUAUUUCCUUCAACUUGCCCAUUUGCAUCUCUUCUUCUCUGCGGUGUUUCGUGGUAAACGAAGCCGUCACGUAACCCUUGUUCUUUCUUGUUGCAUUCACUUGACAAAAUCUCUGAGCUUGUUACUUGAAUCUCGUGAGCUUAUAGGGUUUUAGAUCCUCUCAUUCCUUCUUUGUUUUAGGGUUAAAAAUUUAAUCUUUCCGCCAUUGUGAAAAAAGCUAUUUGCUUUUCACUAGUAGAAGGAUACCUAGCUCAACCUCUGUUUUUGAAUAUUCACUGGUUUCUAAGUUUGAGAAGCCAGCACUAGUAAAAGGAUUUGGGGUUAAGAGGAAAAGAGUUUUUUUUUUUUUUUCCUUUCACACAAUUGACAAACCUGUUAGUAAAUGCAUGGAUGGGAGAGAGGGUAUGGCAUUUCCCGGUGGCUCUGCUCCAUAUUACAUGCAGCAUAGAGGAGGGGUUAGUGGGUCAGGUCCAGGAACUGGGACUCAGAGUGGAGGGUUCCAACCUCCCUCUGGGUUUAGAGCUUUGUCAAAUGUCUCUUCAGGUUCUACAUUUUCAGUAGAGCCUCAGGCUCAGUCUCAGGUUCAGGCUCAGGCUCAGGCUCAGCGUGUUGGUUUUAGCCAUGGCAUUAACAUAGGUUCCUCUCCUGAUGGUGGAACUGGAGUAUCUUCUUCUGGGGAGCCUGUGAAAAAGAAAAGAGGGAGGCCUCGGAAGUAUGGUCCUGAAGGAGCUGUUUCCUUGAGGCUCUCUCCGUUGUCUGCCACUGCUAAUUCCACCCCAGGCUUAGGGACUCCUGCUGAGAAACGGCCCCGAGGGCGCCCGCCUGGAAGUGGAAGGAAGCAACAGCUAGCCUCUCUAGGUGAAUGGAUGAACAGUUCUGCAGGACUGGCUUUUUCACCUCAUGUUAUCACUGUUGGGGCUUCGGAGGACAUCGUAGCAAAGUUAUAUUCAUUUUCACAGCAGAGACCCAGGGCUCUGUGCAUCUUAACAGGAACUGGAACAGUUUCUUCUGUCACUCUGCGCCAGCCAGCUUCUACUAGCGUCAGUGUUACUUAUGAGGGCCGAUUUCAAAUAUUAUGCUUGUCUGGUUCUUACUUGGUUGCUGAAGAAGGUGGACCUCGCAAUAGAACAGGUGGCAUGAGUGUUUCCCUUUCUAGUCCUGAUGGUCAAGUUAUUGGUGGUGGUGUUACUAGGCUUAUUGCUGCAAGCCCAGUGCAGGUGGUAGUAUGCAGUUUUGUAUAUGGGGGCUCUAAGCCAAAGACUAAACAAGCGACCACUACAAAAGAUAGCAGUUCAGAGCCUCAGAGUAGUGACAAGCUAGCUUCACCAGGCAGUGCUCCACCUAAUCAAAACUACACCUCUUCUUCUUCUCCUGCCACAGGCAUUUGGCCUGCUGCAUCAAGGCCAGUAGAGGUGAAAAGUGCACAUCCACACACCGGUAUUGACUUGACGCGUGGAUAAACAUUUACAUUUAUUCUACAAGAGACCAUUGCAGUUUUGUAUAGAUAUCUCUUGUUGUAAAUGAACCGAAUUUGUGAGCAUUGUGACUCUUCUUGCUGUUAUGGGUUCACGGGUGACAACUUCUCGCUGACCUAUGCUGUAACUAAUGGAUUUCAGGGUUCAAGUAACAUUCUUGACUUAACUAAGUGUUUUUGGUGAAAUCAAAGGCCAAUUUUCUAGAUUAAGUGGAAAGAAUGUUAUGUUGACCGUUGAGAUCGACUUUAACAAUUAAUAGCACAUCUAAGGGCUCACUUUGAUGACCGUAGAUAUCAUUUCAAGAUUUCA